AUGGUUGAUGUGAAAAACGAUGAAAUUGUCACCGAGAAUGGUCCUCAAAAAACCGCAAAGCAACUGCAAAAGGAAGCCAAAAAGUUGGCAAAGCUAGAAAAAUUUAAGCAAAAGCAAGAAAAAAAGGAAAGUGAAAAAUCGGUGAAUGUAAAGGAAAAACCAGAAAAAAAUGAUAAGAAAAAAGAGACCACAUCAAUUGUUUAUACUUUGAAUACAUCACUGGGAGAGAAGAAAGAUGUUACAUGUCCAUUGCCAGAUACAUAUAGUCCACAAUAUGUAGAAGCUGCAUGGUAUGCUUGGUGGGAAAAGGAAGGUUUUUUUAAGCCAGAAUAUGGAGGAAAAGAUAUAUUGGAAGAGAAUCCUAAAGGAAAAUUAGUAAUUAUAAUGCCACCUCCUAAUGUGACUGGUUUCUUGCAUCUUGGACAUGCUUUAACUAAUGCUGUGGAGGAUGCUAUUGUUAGAUGGAAUCGCAUGAGAGGUCUUACAACACUGUGGAGUCCAGGUUGUGAUCAUGCAGGUAUCGCCACACAAGUGGUUGUAGAGAAAAAGCUUUGGAAGGAAGAAAAGAAAUCUCGUCAUGACAUUGGAAGAGAAGAAUUCAUUAAAAGAAUAUGGCAAUGGAAACAUGAAAAGGGCAACAGGAUUUAUUCACAAUUGAGAAAAAUUGGUGGUUCUUGCGAUUGGAGCCGCGUUUUUUUUACAAUGGAUCCUAAAUUAUGUAAAGCUGUAACAGAAGCAUUUGUGCGUUUACACGACGAAGGUAUCAUUUAUCGUAGCAGUCGUUUAGUUAACUGGUCGUGUGCUUUAAAAAGUGCUAUAUCGGAUAUUGAAGUUGACAAGAUGGAAUUAAGUGGUCGAACUCUACUUUCGAUACCAGGUUAUAAGAAUAAAGUGGAAUUUGGUGUUUUGGUAUCAUUUGCUUAUCAGCUCAUCGAUUCAGAUGAUAAAAUAAUAGUAGCAACUACUCGUAUUGAAACAAUGUUAGGAGAUACUGCUGUUGCGGUACAUCCAAAGGAUAGCAGAUAUGCGCAUUAUAUCGGAAAAUAUAUUUUACAUCCAUUUUGCAAUAGACGUAUACCGAUUUUAGCGGAUGAAUUCGUUGACAUGGAGUUUGGCACUGGUGCUGUAAAGAUUACACCUGCUCACGAUCCUAAUGAUUAUGAAGUAGGAAAAAGACACAACUUACCAUUUAUAAAUAUUUUUGAUGAUGAUGGCUGUAUUGUUGGAGAUUAUGAAAAGUUUACGGGACUGAAAAGAUUUGAAGCUAGAGUGGCUAUCAUUGAAGAAUUAACAAAGAGAAACUUAUUGAUUGACAUAAAAGACCAUUCAAUGGUAAUACCCAUGUGCAGCCGAUCCAAAGAUGUUGUUGAACCUCUCGUAAAACCACAAUGGUAUGUCAAAUGUGAUGAAAUGGCUGCUGAAGCUAAGAACGCAGUAACAACGGGUGAAUUGAAAAUUAUUCCGCAGCAAUUUGAGAAAACUUGGUACCUCUGGAUGGAUGGUAUCAGAGAUUGGUGUAUUUCGCGUCAGCUCUGGUGGGGUCAUCGCAUUCCUGCGUAUGCGAUUAAAUUUGUUAAUUCUCGCAUAAGCAUAAACAAGACAGGUGAAACGUUUUGGGUGAGUGCACAUUCUGAGACCGAAGCCAAAGAGAAAGCGGCUAAAAAAUUAGGCGUUGAUGUAAGUGAGAUAAUUGCAGAACAAGAUCCUGAUGUAUUGGACACCUGGUUUUCUUCUGCUCUUCUCCCGUUCUCUAGUUUUGGUUGGCCAGACCAAACUCCAGAACUAAAAGCGUUCUAUCCAGGUACGCUAUUAGAAACUGGUCAUGACAUACUUUUCUUUUGGGUUGCCAGGAUGGUUUUCAUGGGACAGAAAUUAUUAGGACAAUUGCCUUUCAGAGAAGUGUAUUUACAUGCUAUGGUGAGAGAUGCACAUGGAAGGAAAAUGAGUAAAUCUUUAGGAAACGUAAUAGAUCCUAUGGAUGUCAUUAAAGGAAUAACAUUAGAAGAUCUUCAAAAACAAUUAUUAGAUUCGAAUUUAGAUCCAAAGGAAUUGGAACGAGCUCAAGAAGGUCAGAAGCGUGAUUAUCCGCAUGGCAUACCCGAAUGUGGUACGGAUGCUUUGCGAUUCACUCUUUGUGCUUAUACUACUCAAGGGCGAGAUAUAAAUCUUGACGUGCUUCGUAUACAAGGAUAUAGAUUCUUUUGCAACAAGAUUUGGAAUGCUACCAAAUUCGCGCUUACUUAUUUUGGAUCUCAAUUUAAGUAUGACGCGAAUCAUACAUCUCAUGAACAUGAUAUGAAUGAUACUAGACAACAUAAUAAUAAUUCAACUAACAUUGACAUGGAAGGUGCAUGGUACAGCAAAUGCCAUAACUGGGAUUUGCAUCAACCAUCUAUUCAAGGGGCAAUAAAUAAUUAUUUGGCAGACCAUCCGUAUCUUGAUGGUUACACACCAACACAACUUGAUCCUUCGGUUCAUCAGUUGUUAAAGGAUUCAGAUAUUAAUUUUGUAAAUUAUCCGCAUCUUAAACGUUGGUACGACCAUAUUGAAACAUUCACAGAUGUAGAAAGAGCUAAAUUUGCGAAAGUGGAAAUGUUGAAGAAUAUUCAAAGGAAAGUUGAAGAUACGUUUAAGUUAACUGACUUAGAUGAGAAAAAUGUACAUUUAUGGAUGUUAUCAAGAAUUAGUUACGCAGCGAAAAUUUGUAACGAAGCACUGACGCAAUAUGACUUUGCGUUAGCUACUUCUACCUGUCAUAAUUUAUGGUUGUAUGAACUAUGCGAUAUUUAUUUGGAGUACCUUAAACCAAUAUUUCAAAGCGAAAAUAAUGCGACAAAGUUAGCAGCGCAAAAAGUGUUGUUCAAGACAAUGGAUGUAGCAUUGCGUUUACUGAGUCCAUUUAUGCCGUUUAUAACGGAAGAGCUCUAUCAACGUUUACCUCGCAAAAAACUGAUAUAUCCAAGUAUAUGUAUUAGUCCAUAUCCAAACGUCGCCGAGUGCCCUUGGCGAAACUACGAAAUUGAAGAAGACGUGGAAUUUGCGCAGAAGAUAAUCAAGAAUAUUAGAUCGGCUCGUGCGACUUACAAUUUACCUAAUAAGACAAAGACCGAUGCAUUUGUCGUGUGUCGCGAUUCAACUUUGAAGAAGAAAGUUAAUCAAUAUAAAUCACUUAUAGAAACUCUUGCGUAUUCUACUCUCAAGAUGAAAGAGGCGCCAACAGGAUGUGCGAUUAUCACCGUGACCGACAAGAUCCAAGUGCACCUCUUACUUGAGGGCUUAAUCGAUGCUGAAAAAGAAUUGGAAAAGUUAUGUAAAAAAAGGGAACAGUUGGAUGAAAUCAUACAGAAAUUGAAACAAGAAUUAAGCAUGCCCGAUUAUGAUGUAAAAGUGCCUCCGCCCGUUCGAGAAAAUAACAGGGAAAAAUUGUCAAGAAGCGAAGGUGAAUUAACACGAAUAGUUGAUGCAAUGAAGAUUCUACAGGCUAUAUCUUGCUCCAAGUGAUAUCUAUAGAAAAGUCUCUCUAAAUCCAUUUUAGAUCACAAUAAGUUAUUUAUUAACUCAUUUAAUAUAGAAUAUAUAUUCAGUGAAAAGUGAAAUUUAGAUAGAAAUUUUCCAAUUAUUACUAAGUUGUAUCCUUUUCUUGCUCAAAGUUUCCCAACAGUCUGUAAAAUACAUUGCGAGACACGAUAUAAUAGCGGGAUAAUAAAUAUGACAAACAUGCUAUAAAUGAAAAGGAUUAUUUUUUCGCAUUAAUUUAUUAUAAAGCAUUGCCGAUAAAUGUGCAACAGUUAUUAAAAUUGACAUAAUCAAUAUCUAACAAUAAUCUAAACUAUAAAAUUGUACGGUAUAUAUAUUCAUUUCACUUAAUUUACGUUCCUUCUCUAUCAGCAGUCGCUUCCAUUAUAGUUUAAUAAGUUUCUAAAUGGAGUAUUUGGUAUCUACAAAUGUUUAUGAAAUAAUACUCGAUUGAGUAUUUCAUGAGAAUUUAGAUAAAGCUAAAAAAUGUAAAGUAAAAUUACAUAAAUGAUUUUUAGAUGUAUCUUAAAGAUUUUAAAAGUGCGACAGUAUUACACGAUACAGUACUGUUAUUUCUAUAAUUACAGUAUGUCUUUAUGAGCUGGAUAUUAAUUGUAUAUAUAUACCAGCAUUAAAAUAUUUAAUUAUAUCCGAA